CUUUCACGUUGACCUGAGUUUUUGAAAAGCACAAGGAAAGCCGCCGAGAGCCGUGUUUCCUUACACUUACUACAACGACCGGUAACGGUUAAACAACUUUUCAUAGAUAUUUAUUCCUCCGAUCGCCUGUUUUUUUUUGUUACCGCAGCCAGCUGCUCGGGAGCUCCGCUGUGCGCGGUUGCCAUGACGACCACGACACUUUCCCCUGCACAGGCCUUAGGAGCGGCGCGGUUGUAGUGUUUAAACUUUUAAUAUCACGCAUCGGCACUUUUCAAAGAUUUAAAAAUACUCCUAAUGAGUUCUUGUUUGGUGCCGGAAUUUCCAGCUGUUCUCGUUGCUUUGGAACAUUUAGGCGAAAUCGAGAAACAUCUUAAAAAUGAAGGGUUAUGUUUUCACCAGGAGGCAUGUCAUCACCUUAGGGAAAUUGCGGGGGCAGUUACUGAAUUGGAGACGUCUAGAAGGAGUGCACGUGAAUGUCUGGAGGUAGAAACUAUUGAAACCAGCAAACUGAGAUACAGAGUGUUGCAGCUACCAGAUGAGAUUAUGAGUGAAAUUUCAGCUUCUGUUGCUGCUGCAAGAGAUUCAAAUGCAGUUCAAUUAAAUCAGUUACAGACUGAUAUGAACAAUAUUAUAAAGGAUAUGGACUUUAUGGAAAAGAAGCAAGAACGUCUCGAAGAACAAAAUGCAUUAUUAUUUCCAGAGAGAGAGCUUGUGCAGAGUCGCCAUGAGGAUGUUAUUGAUCAGCUCAACCACCAGCUGUCAGAAAAAGCCCAUAAACAGAUUCUUCUGAAUGAGACCUACAAUCAAAUACGAGACUUAAAGGAAAAUAUUGCCAACUUAGCAAAUGCCAUAGAAGACCUGGAGGAAGAUAUGAUACAGGAGAGGAAGAUGUUUGCAGAACACAAAGAAAACCUUCAAAAAGAACUUGCAGAAACAGAAAAUAAUAUACAGCGCCAGAAAGGAGACAAUGCAAAGAAAAGAAGACAGGUGGAUGUCGUCACAUCAGAAUUACUAGACAUGGAGGAAAAGAUCUCCGAACAUAAGAAUUGUAUUAAAAAGUUAGAAAAAAGCAUUUCCCGGCUGAAAGAUUCAGCGCUGCAGCACAAAAAACAGUAUGAUGAAGAACUGAACAGGGCUAAGGAACUGGUCAGCCAAAAGGUCUGUCUUGCUAAAGAAUUAACUGAACUGACUGAAAGAUUUCAAAAGGAAGCCCAGUCCCUGCGUGAUGACAUUUUCAAGAUUGAUAAGGAAAUGGAAUACUCUCGAGAGGUGAAUGCUAAGCACUUACAAGCACUAACAAGUCUGACUGAGAGCUUUCAGGCAGCAAGAAAAAGAGAGGACUUUUGCAUGGCAGUACAUCUUAAUGUCUCAAAACAGCUAGAAGAUUCGAAACGGAAACUUGAAGAACGAAUCGAAUCUAUUGCAAAGUUUAAAAUAGAAAUCAGGGAAAUGGAAGAUGAGAUGAAGAAACUCAAGGAGAGCAAUGAAAUUAACUCAGAAAGGUGGCACAGAACCUCUGGAGAACUGCAAGAACAGCUUAAGAAAGAAAAACGGAAUAGGUUACUUUUGCAGGCUGAGAAAGAUAACCUAGGAAAUAAACUUGCAGAAAAACAUAAAGCAUACGUAGAUGAAGUAAGAGAAAUGAAUUUGGUAAUUGAUCUUAACAAGAAGAAAUAUGCUGAACUAAAAAAUGAAAAAAAGAGUCUAAAAGGAUGUGACUCAGUUGAUGAAGAGAUCCGAUGUCUAAGUGAAACUCUCAGCAAAGCCCAAGAGGCGUACAAAGAUAUGGAAAAGUCUUUAAAUACAGCUGUCCUUCAAAUCAGUGGAGAAGCUGAGUCUUUAGAGGAAAGCCAACAGAAAAAAAGAGAGCAGUUAAAGAUGAGCAUUUCUACACUACAGAAAGCUGAAGCUGAGUUUGACACAGAACAUCUUAACUACCAGGAGUUAAAGAAACAAACUGCAGAACUAAAAAGUAAAAAGAACAUUUUGGAAUCCUCAAUCCUUGAACUCAGGGAGGACAUCAAAAUAAUUCUGGAACCAAAGGAGGAACUAGAAUGUGAAAUUGAAACUCUUCGUGCUGCAUACAUGCAGCAUCUUAAAACGCAGACAACAGAAAUCUGCAAAACUGAGAGAGUAAUUUACGAGACUGGGUUAAUGCUUGAACGGGUCAACAUGGAAAACAGCAGGUUACAUUUGUGCAUUGCAGGACUGAAGGAGGACAUAAACAAUGUCAAUAAAGAAGCAGAGAGACACCGUAAUGAAACACAGUGGUUAAAAGAUGAAUUACAUAACUUAUUCAAGUGUCUCCUGAAGGCUUGGGCUGAAGAUACCUCUUUAACUUUGGAGUAUUCAGAGCAUGACCAAGGCAUCCUUGAUGGCAUGCAGGAGCUUGUGAGGAAAAUACAACAAAGAGAACAAAAGAUUGGAGGCAUUGGUUUAAAACUUAAGGACCAACUUGAUGGGAUUACCUCCCUUUUAAAGAAUGCAAAGCGAACGUAAAGGAAACAACUUGUUCUCAUUAAUACAUGAUUGUGAAGAUGUUUCUAUUUGAAUUUAAGUCUUUUACUAGUAAUAUUUGUGCAAUGUGAUAAACUAUUAUUAAAUCAGUACUCCAUUAUAUAACUAUUGAAGAGUGGAAAUUUGCAACAACAUGAUAAUCUGAUAAGGGUACAGGAUGAUGUUAUAAUGUGAGAACAUUACUUUACUGUAUGUAAAAUACAUCAGUUCCUUAUAAACCCAUUAGAAGCACUCUGGUUUAUUAGGUCUAAUCACUAAUACCAGAGAUUCUGAUACAUUUCUGUGUUAAUUAAAAUAACUCUUAUUCUCCAAAUCUGUAAAGACAAAAUAUUUCCAUGGCUCUUUUAAAAUCAGUUCCAUUUGUACCCGUAUAUGGUACUUGCACCAGUUUGCCUGCCCCACAAAUAGUCAGACAUGGAUAAAUUACAAAUAUUAAAUGCACAUUUUGCUCCAGUUUCCUCCCACAGUCCAAAGGCAUGCUGGUAGGUUAAUUGGCUUCUGUAGGGUGUACUGUGCCUUAUUCCCUUUGCUUGCCAGAUUAGGCUCCAGUACUCCUGAGAGCCUGUAUUGAAAAAGCUGUUAGAAACGGAGGGACAGACAUGCAUAUCUAUUUUAAAUAAGCUUCUCUUAUUCAAAAACUGUAAUGGCCAAAAUAAAUACUGUUAUACAGUAUGUGAAUACUGAAUGUUGGCAAACUCCAAAAAAUAAAAUGUAAAAAUUCAGAUUCACUGAUUGCAAAGGUAUUCAGUCAAGCCAGGACUUUUGAGUCGGACAGUCAAAGACAUUCACAGUAGUUCAAAAUACAUGCCAUUCUUGAUGAUAAUCAAGGAUUUUGUAAAUGUUUUCAAAAAAUGUUCUCCUGAUAUAUCCUACCAACCACUUUAUCUACAUGUUUUGGCAAAUGUGUUUACUUUGUAGAUACAGCUGGGCCAUUUACUGAAGUUAUAAUGAAGAC